CCGUGACUCGCCCUUCGCUUCUAUCCAUUCGGAGCUAAAACGAAGCUCCAAUGGCGACAACUGCGGCGAUGCUCCAAUGCUACACGCUCUCCUUCUCUAGGGUUAGGGUUAGGGUUUCGAGUGGCGGCGGCGGGGGGACGACGCUAGGGUUCGCGAGCUCCCAGUUGGGCGGAGCCAGGAUCAGCAUCUCUCGCCCCGCGCCUCUUCCCCAUAAGCUCCCGACCCAGCCCAUCGUCGCACGGAGGGUGUGUCCUUUCACCGGGAAGAAGGCGAACAGGGCGAACAAGGUCUCCUUCUCGAACCACAAGACGAAGAAGCUGCAAUUUGUGAACCUGCAGUACAAGAGGGUGUGGUGGGAGGCAGGGAAGCGCUACCUCAAGCUGCGGCUCUCGACAAAAGCGCUCAAGACCAUCGAGAAGAACGGCUUGGAUGCUGUUGCGAAGAAAGCCGGAAUUGACCUCCGAAAAGAAUGAGCUCAAGCAAUCAUCAGUUUAUUCUCCUUUUAUUUCCAUUUUUUUUCUUGUUAUGUUCGCAUUGUGCCAAUUUAUGUUGAAAAUAGAAAAACUCUUUUUGUUUUGCCAGCAAUUCACAUUAUUAGUUUUAGUUUCUAUGCUUUAAUUUCGCAGAGUAAAUUGCAACAUAGUUCCUCAAUCUUUUAUUGUAGUCUCAUUGUUAUCUCACC